AUGGGUGGUAAUGUCAAAUUCACCAAGAAAAAGCACAAAGAAAGGUAUGCUAUUCUAUUGACCCGAAAAAUUGUUCCUUGCAAGCAUAUUGAUAAUCAUGUGAUUGAUACCUUGCCCUUGGCUUAUUAUUGGGAUUUGGUUAGGAAUUCGGGAUGGGAAACUUAUUUUUCUCUUCAUUAUCCCGCAUACUAUGAGCUAACUAGAGAAUUUUAUGCGACUUAUGAGUUCAAUUACCCCAAAAACAUAACCACAGACAGUCCUGGGGUUAUCAAUUUUAGAAUGCUUGGUGUUGAUCAUGCUUUUUCCUUAACUGAGUUCAAUUUGACUUGUGGGUUCAUUACCCCUGAAUUUGCCCAUUCUAUUGACUAUGAGGAGGCACCGUGUGACUUCCUUGAUGAUUUUGACCCGACCACAUCUUGGCCAUCACUCUCUUCCGAUGACAGACCUUAUCAUGCAACUUGGUUGGGUAGACAAUUCCUUUUUAUGGCUAAGAAAAAGAGAGGACAUUUGUGCUUAGGUUCAAUUGUUACUUUCAUUGCUAUCAAAUUGGGUGUUUUGGACAUGAAUAAGACUAACAUACACAUUGCUUGUGAGAUGGAACCCUUGGACUUUGCUUGUUUACAUAGGAUGGGAGUUAUCUCUAAAGACAAAGAAGGGCAUUACCGCAUCGCUCCACCUGGACCAAGCCUUGCACCUCGGAUAAUUCGCUCCAAACGCAGCAGACCAACAACCACCGAAUCAGAUGAGGAGGCUACUCCUUCCAGUACCUCAAUUUCACUAAUACAAUUAAAGGAGCAGCAGGACCGCAUGGAGAAGAACUUGAUGGCAUACUUUUCUUAUGUUGGUUUUAGCCCUCCCUAUCCACCAGCAACUUAG